CAAUACGACCUGGAAGUAGAUUACGGAUAUAUGACGCCACCCUGACUGUACACUAGUCACACAGAGGCAUCUGGACUUCACAGAGCUGCAGCACUACAAAUACCUGGAAUCCGCUUGACAAACACUUCAUAACGUUGACACAUUCUCAAAUGUUUUUAGCUCGAUGAAGUACCCAAAACAGCAAUGACUGUUUAUGGAUUUUACCUACUGACGCUCCUGGCUGUACUUGGAUAUCAGACAUGCAGUGCAUCAACAUCAACGCCAACAGCACCAACAACGCCGACAACAACAAAUACCACACCCCAACCAAAGCAAGAAUAUGGGGGCACUUGCAGCACCAGUAUUCCAUGCGAUGACGCUAAUAAGAACAUCUUCUGCAACUCCCUUGUCACAAAGUGUCUGUGUGUUGAUGGAAGAUACCACAACGGCCAAGCGUGUAUCCAAUAUUCAACUUUGUCACCACGUUUUGGCACCACGACCACAGGAACUAGUUACGUCUAUGUCCAAUGGAGUGAUCAAACUGCCACAAAUUACGAUGAUGAGUAUCAGCUAACCAUUUCACCCGAUGGCAAAGUAGGUGCUACCACCGGGAAUUUCUACAACUUUACAAAUCUGCAACAAAGAACAAACUACCUCGUCUCUCUCGUGCGAACCAUUUCUAGAUAUGGGAGAAAUCAGAGUCUACCUGCCGUCACAACAACGACCAGAACAAAGGUUGGCUACAACAGAGAAUGCGACUCAGCGUCAGACACGUGUAUUGAUACCCACACAAGCUGUCAGGGCGAUGAAUGUCGCUGUAAUGGAAGAUUCUACUGGGAUACCGGAUGUGUCUCUAUCGACGGUCUCAGUCCCACAUCUGUCAGCGUCACCGUGGACAGCACAACCACAAUGACAGCAACCUGGGAAUCGCCCUCUAACGCCAUUGUUACCGGCUACGAGGUGACCGUCACUCCUGGUAACAUCAUUCAGAUCCUUACACGGGAAGACAUUAAGACCACGCCCAUCACAGGCCUGACUCCGGGGAGGCAGUACAUUGUGUCUGUGGAGACAAAGAUCACCUACCUGCAGGGACGCGAUGAGAAGACAACCGCUGUUUCUGCGCAACCUAAAGUAACAACACCUGAUACAGUGGAUAGGCUCAGCGACAAGACCAACCUCACAGCCCCGGACAUCAUCAUAGACUUCCCGAAGGCUGACGGUGAUGUCCAGUACUACCUGGUCCAACUGCAGGGGAUAACUAAUGGAAGCUACAAUAAAUCAAAUUACGUCUAUGUACCUGAGAUGAAUACGGCUUUCAGUGGAGUUGUGUCUAACUACCAGUACAAUCUGACGAUAACAACGCACAGUAAUCAACAAAAAAGUACCCCUUACAUUCAGACUAUUCGAGUCAUGGCUUCACAGGCCGGUACUGUGGAGAAUUUCCAGAGCACGUCGUUUACAUCACGCAAUAUAACAAUGUCUUGGAUGCGGCCAGUCAGCACAAAUGGAGACCUCUACGAAUACCGCCUGGAGGUGUUGAACGGAACCUGUAAACAGCGAAUUGUUUUAAACUGUACGGAAUGCAAAAGAAAUGCUUCAGUGGAGGGGAGUGAAAACUGUGAAGUCACUACCGUCGUCCCUAUAUCUGAAUCUAACAUCAAGAAUCCUAUGUACAUUGUGAAUUCCACGAUCACAGGACUCCUUCCAGACACUCAGUAUUUUGUUAAGGUCGCAGCUUAUAACCAGGAAGGAAGAGGAAUGGACAGUUACCUACCAUUAACAACCGACGAAGAAGCUGCAAGUGAACCUACUACCUUUAUAGCGAGCCAAAAAACCUCCGACAGAAUAACGUUAACAUGGGCACCACCUGUACCAAGACCUGGAGCUACUCACUACAAUAUCAGUAUCUACGAGAAGAAUGAAAACACAUCUGUCUACGACUAUAUCGAUACCAAAGGAAUAAUCGGUUAUAACCAUAACAUGUGUACGGUGACAAAUUUAUCAAGUGCCUGGGAAUACAAGUUCUACAUUCAGGCCUUCACAAUGAAAGGGGGAUCUGAAAAGGUCUCAUCUGAUGUGAUGACUGAAGAGUCGGCGCCAACGAAAGUCGUCCAAUACUUUGUCGCAAGAAUCCCAAAUGUUUACAACAGCAUAAAACUAUCCUGGGAGUGUCCUAAAAAGAAGGAUGGAAGGAAUGGAAUUAUAAAGAGUUCAACUUUGAUCUACCACUCAAACAAAACAUCUGCAAAAGAUACAAAGAAAGAGAGAAGGACAUAUGAUAAUAUCAACGACUGCAGAUGGAACCAGGAUGUUGAAGUCACGGCGGGGUUCUCUUAUAGUUUUACGGUUUUCCUUCAAAACACUGUUCCUGGUGCACAGUCUACUAUAUAUGAAUAUAUAGAAGCGGGAUGUGAGUAUAUUUUAAAUUACGACAGUAAGCUGUGUUGGCUUGUAAACAAGGAUUCCCAAGGUGCCACCAGUCGUCAAUACACUGUAAUGAUUGUUGGUGCAGCUUCCGCAGUCGUCGUGUUUGUCAUCAUCGUCGUUCUGGUUAAAUUUUUUUUCGGACGUCGAAGAAACGUAGGCCAAAGUGCAAGACGCCUGUCUACACAGGGGAUUCAAAUUGGGAAUGUUAUUGCUAAUAAAAGGCCUAUCAGGAUUUCAGAGUUUGUUGAGCGUGUAGAUGACAUGCACAAAGACUCAAACAUGCAGUUCUCGGAUGAAUUUGAGGAUAUAGGUACUAUAAGUCCAAAACAUGCUUGCGCAGCUUCAGAAACCGGUGGCAACAAACUCAGGAACAGAUAUGUCAACAUUCUUCCAUUUGAUCACACUCGGGUGAAGCUGCGGUCCUUAGCAGAUGACGAUGAGGACGAUUCGGAUUAUAUCAACGCUAAUUAUAUUCCGGGCUACAACUCUCCACGCGAGUACAUCGCUACCCAGGGCCCUAUGACCGGGACUGUGGCGGACUUCUGGAGGAUGAUAUGGGAGCAGGACGUCCACAUCAUCAUCAUGCUGUCAGACCUGAUGGAGAAGGGCAAGCCCAAGGUCGACAGGUAUUGGCCAGAAAACAUCAACGAACCAGUGCAACAUGGAGAGAUCAUUGUCGAGAUGAUAAACUACUCACCACUCAGCAAAUACGUCAUCAAAAUCUUCAAGAUAACGAAGAGGGAUGAAAGUCGGAAGGUCCGCCAUUACUUCCUCCCAGGCUGGCAGGACUUCGGUGCUAAUCUUACCUCCGAUGACGUCAUCAGCUUUGUCAGAGAUGUUCGGAUGACAAUAAAGCCCACGGAAAAAGGUCCAAUCUGUGUUCACUGCAGCGCUGGUGUAGGGAGGACUGGAACGUAUGUCUCUCUGGACGUCUUCAAGCAGGCCAUAGACGAGGAGAACUUUGACAAAGAGCUGGACGUGUUUGACUUUGUGAUGAGGAUGAGAGAAAACAGAUCCUACAUGGUCCAGACAGAGAAACAGUACAUAUUCAUCUACGACACCAUCAAGGAAAUGAUCAUCAGGAAGAGGAAGGAGAUAGUGGAGAGAGAAAACAUCUACCAGAACAACGACAACUAUCCAGAGGAGAAUAUCUAUACCAACGAAGGAUAUGAACCUGACCCGGAAGAGAUGUACAUGAACGUUUAACCAACCACCGUGCUGUAGGAGACCGCACAAGCCGCACACGCGGAGAGAGGUGAAGUCCACACUCAUGUUGGUAGAGGAAAGUUACAGCAUUAACAGAUCAAUCAAGGGUUGCUGCCAGUAGCGCAGUACUACAAUAGCUUAAUGACAGUCACGACCCGGUUAUUAGAAUUCAUUCUGUCUUAGUUUCUUUCACCCUUUUUUAUAACACUGAAUAUAUAAUAAAAUGUUCACGCAGUCUAUGAGAUUUUUUUACUAGGCUGGUCUCUUUGUGUUGAAAAUGUGAUAACUCUUGUAUUUAAUAACAUAAAGGACAUGGAUAUUCCAACCAAAAUCAACAUAAACAUUAUACGACAACUAAUGAUCAAUGCUAUGAACAUUAUAUAUAAACUGCCCAAGGACAUAUAGCUUCAAUGUGUCGGCAUUUGCAUUUAGCAUUCAGACUAGCUAUUUCGUUAAUUGGGAAUAAUCCAGUGUAAACAAUAAGGUAAAGGCGUGAUAAGGGACUAGUUUCGCCCAAUGGAUAUGCAUAAUUUAAAAAUGAAGGAAAACCUUUACAAAUCAUUGGAAAGGUUUUCAGAUAAGUUCAUGUGAAUGGGAAUUAGAUUUUGAUCAUUUCGACAAAUGUCUGAUGUAGACUUUGAUCAAACUUGCGUGCAUAGGAAAGGCAUAAUAUAUUGACAAGGCUUACUUUAGAGUUUUUCAUAUUGUUAUAUAUUGUCCUUUAACUUAUGCAAGUCUUUGAGGGAUGUAGAGAAAAACAAGACCAACAUUUAAAAAAAUUCAACUUUGAUGACACUUCAUCUUUAUAUUUCUUCUGAUAGUAAACAAAUCGGUAUUAGUCGUUCGGGUUAGCCACACCUAUCUAUUUGAUCAUGUCAGCCUAAAAUUGGAAAGUGUAAGAAAAAGGAAAGGCUAGUUGUCAGUCAUUUGAACAUGUCUGAUACCAAUAUUACAAAGUUUUCCGCAACUUUAUAAAUAGUCUCCCUUGUUCGUUAUGUCAGUAGAAAGGAGUUUACCAUGUUGUACAUAAUACCAUAAUGCUCACUAUAAAUGCGUUGUUGUUGUUUUUUCGUGCCCACUGAUAGAGGUCUAUACCGUUUUAGUCAAUACUAAAAUGCCUCUUUGUUAUUUGUUGAAGUGUUUCGACUAUGAAAUUUUAGCGUGCUUUUAAAAUAUUGUUUAUGACUUGUUUCAUCAUGUUCAUCUUGUUAUGAGCGAAAUAACUAAGGUAAAUCAUUGAUAUGUCCUCCAAGCCAUACCAAAAAAUAAAAUAGUUAUUUAUUGAUCAAGAUCUUAAUUAUAUGAAUCCGACUGGUCAAUAUAUUAUUAAUGUCUAAUGUUCCCUUUUAUAACAUUCUGUUUCAGUUGCUCUUUCAAAAUUGUUCCUUUGAAUUCGAUAUUGGGUGAAAAGGGGAGGAGCCUGUCACAUCUCUUUUCUUAAUUGUUUUCAUUUUUGUCAUUUUACACAUGUGUUUUACAAUUGUACACUCCGCUCUGUUUUUACUGUUUUUCUUUUGAAUGUGGAAAGUGUUUUGUCGCUUUUAUUUCUUUACAAUUGUUUCUCAAUAUCUUAUUUUUGUAUUACGCUAAGGUUUUUUUUAUUACGAUAAGGUUUGGAAUUAGAAUAAAUUAUGUAUUUAUAGAUUACAUUUGAAAAACUAGAUUUGAUGUUUAAGAAUUUCUCUUCCACUGUUUGUUAAUUCCUCGGAAAUGUCAUCGUAACUCCCAUGCAAAAACGCCCAACUUGUCGAUCAAUAGUGCACAUUAUUCUCAUCAAUAACGUCUUUUUAGCCAAAUCCAAACAUGUGAGUACGACAAAACAUCCACCAUCUAUUUUCUGGUUUCUCAUGUCUCUGUGAAAAAUGUAACACUUCCGCCUUACACGUAGGUAAUACUAUGUACACGCGUAUAUAAAAUAUAUAGCUUUAAUUGCCAUUGUCUGUGUCUUAGAAAACGUAUUAUCAGAAAUGUAAUGUUAUUACAGCUUGGAGCCACAACGCACUUUUGUUUCUUCUUUGAGGAAAGUAAACUUGUGCAGAACAGAGUGUUCAUUAAGAUCCCCCGGGGGUGUUACGUCUCCACAGCUGAUACAGACUAGUGCUAACAUUUACUUUGAUUUUACUGUUUGACACAGCUGAUACAGAAUAGCGCUAACAUUUACUUUUAUUUUACUGUUUGAUACAGCUGAUACAGACUAGUGCUGACAUUUAUUUUGAUUUUACUGUUGAUACAGCUGAUACUGAAUAGUGCUAACAUUUACUUUGAUUUUACUGUUUGAUACAGCUGAUACAGAAUAGUGCUAAAAUUCACUUUGGUUUUACUGUUUGAUACAGCUGAUACAGAAUAGUGCGAACAUUUACUUUGAUUUUACUGUUUGAAACAGCUGAUACAGAAUAGUGAAUAGUGCUAACAUUCAUUUUGGUUUUACUGUUUGAUACAGCUGAUACAGAAUAGUGCUAACAUUUACUUUGAUUUUACUGUUUGAUACAGCUGAUACAGAAUAGUGCUAACAUUUACUUUGAUUUUACUGUUUGAUACAGCUGAUACAGAAUAGUGCUAACAUUCACUUUGAUGUUACUGUUUGAUACAGCUGAUACAUAAUAGUGCUUACAUUUACUUUGAUUUACUUUUUGUUUCCUAUUUUGGCUCAGCUAAAUGUUGUCAUCUGUGGUUGGACAAUGUAGAUAGGAAUGUAGAAUAUCCAAGCAUUUAGAAGGAUGAGGAGUUUCAAAAGAUUAAUUUGGUUUGGCCGAAAUGUGGGAUGUUCCGUAUCGUUAUGUCUUUAAAUUGCUAUUUUGUA